AAGUUUCAGUUCAUACACAACUAACGUUUAUUUACGCUCGAACACUGAAAGUGUUAGCAACUUAGCCAAGGCGCGAAUACAACUGGUGUAAAAAUUAUUAUUGUUAAAAAAAAAAAGUUUUUGAAAUUUUGUUAAAAAAAAGGCAAAAUAACAAAGCAACUAAUUAAUUUUUAUAUUAAUUAGAUACAAAUUUUUAAAACGAAUUUACAAUUCAUUUUUACAACAAAAAGAUAUAACCAUUAAAAAGUGUAACAAAUUGAUUUGUUUAAAAAAAAUUGUCAUAAAAUAUACAUAAAAGUUUGUUUUCUUUAAUACAAAACAAAAACCUAUAAAAGAAAUUUUACAAAAAUGGUGGAAAAAGUCGAUAUGUCAGCCAUGGUUGGUGUUAAGGACAUCACAGAUAAUAAAAAGAUCUGGCGCCAACUGUUGGCCGAAUUGAUUGGUACCUUCUUUUUGGUUGUCAUUGGUGUUGGCAGUUGUACAGGUGGUUCGGAAUGGAAACCAUCAAUACCACAAAUAGCCUUUACUUUCGGUUUAACUGUGGCCACAUUGGCUCAGGCCAUUGGUCAUAUUUCCGGUUGUCAUAUUAAUCCAGCUGUUACCCUUGGCUUUCUGGUUGUUGGCGAAAUGAGUAUAAUCAAAAGUGCCCUCUAUAUAGCUGUACAAUGUGUAGGCGCUAUUGCCGGUGCUGCCGUUAUCAAGGUUGGUGUCUCUGAAGUAGUGGGUGGUCCUGAAUUGGGUGUAUCCGGUUAUGCUAGCUCUCUGACAGUGGGUCAAGCUGUACUCAUUGAAGCUUUGAUUACAUUCAUUUUGGUAUUUGUUGUUAAAGCUGUUUCCGAUCCCGGUCGCACCGAUAUUAAAGGUUCUGCUCCCUUGGCUGUUGGCUUAUCCAUAGCCGCUGGUCAUUUGUGUGCGAUUAAUCUCACUGGCGCUAGCAUGAACCCAGCUCGUUCUUUUGGCCCCUCUGUAGUACAAAACAUGUGGGUUGAUCACUGGGUCUAUUGGGUGGGUCCCUUUGCUGGUGCUGUUGUGGCUGCUAUACUCUAUAAAUUAGUUUUCAAAGUACGCAAGGGUGAUGAUGAGGCCAACUCUUAUGAUUUUUAAGUCAACCGAAAAGUUUAAGAUUUAAUUUUAAAUUACACAUUAAAAACAAGAAAACUUAAUCCAAAAAUUUUCAAGAAAUUUCUAAAAUUUAAGCCAAGUUAAAAAGUAUACCAACCACAUUGCUAUUAUUUGCUUUGUUAAACGCUAAGUUGUAAAAAAAAACAUUUAUCUAGAUUUAAAACAAAAAAACCAAAACUAAUCACUUACGAAUUCCACACAAUCUUUUCGAUUUAAUUGUAAGGCAAACAAGAAAAGAGAAAAUUAUUUUUUGAAAAAUUAUAAACAUAAUUGUAAUUUUUAUUAAUCGUUAUAUUUAUUGUUAAAUUUAUUUAGUUUUAAACUUAAAAAAAAGAAAACAAAAAUAUUAAAGAAACACACGAAUUGUACAUUUCUAUGAAUGUAUUAUUAUCAUGUUAAAAAAAAGUAUUGCUUAAAUAAACCAACAACUAACAGUUUAUUAAUGAAAUUAAGAAAACUAAAUUAAUAGGGUUAAUUCUCGAAGGAAACAAGAAGUAAAUUAUAAUUAAAUCAAUGUUAAUUAUUUAAGAAAAGCUUCUUUAAAUAAAUAAAAUAUUGUAUGUUUAAUGAAAAA